AUGGAUCAGUCAGCCUAUACUAUUCCACCUUGCAGCAAGUGUAGCAAGAGAUACUUAGGCGGAGGACGAAACCGUUUGUAUGCGUUGACAGGUCGUCAGGAUACAGAAGCUCAUGCAGAUGUGGUCACAGGAUCCACCUUAUCUUAUGUAAUCCCAUUUGUGGCAAAGAAGUUUGGUAUUGAACCAGAAAAAUUGGAUGAACCCUUUGAGGUGUCCACCCUAGUGGAAGAAAUCAAAGUUGUAAGAUUUGAGUUCCGUAAUGAGCCAGUCAUAAAAUGGGAGGGAAAUGUAGUAGUACCCAGGGGUAGAUUUAUUUCGUACCUAAGAGCCAGAAAAAUGAUUUUCAAUGGUUAUAUCUACAACCUAUUUCGAGUCAAGGAUUCAGAUGGCCAGACUCCAACUCUCCAGUCCAUCCCAAUUGUAAAUGACUUUCCAGAGGUCUUUCCCGAAGAUCUUUCGGGAGUCCCUCCUGACAGGGAGAUUGACUUUGGAAUUGAUCUACUUCCUGGCACUAAGUCGAUAUCUAUUCUGUUGUACAGAAUGGUUCCAGCAGAGGCCUUCAAGCCUUACCUCGAUUUACUCGUCAUUGUCUUCAUUGAUGAGAUUUUGGUGUAUUCCCGUAGUAACAUUGAUCAUGCAGAACAUCUCAGAAUAGUAUUGCAGACUCUUAAAGAUCGCGAACUUUUUGCAAAAUUCUCAAAGUGUGAGUGUUGGCUUAAUUCAGUGGUGUUCUUAGGCCAUGUGAUCUCAGGUGAAUGUGUUAAGUUGAUUCUCAGAAGAUUGAUGCCGUAA